GAAUACUACUAAAAUGCCUGAUUUUUUUCAGCCCAGCUGGUCUAAUUCCUUUAUCUUUGAGAUGUUCGAUCCCUUUAAGACGACGCUGUUUAACGAUCCAGCUGCUCAAUAAACUAUAGACAACAAUGGUUGAUCCAAGACUCAUCAGAGUGUAUAAGCUACUAUACAAAUUACGAUACUUCGCUAAUACCGGCGUUAGCUGGGGUGUGUGGCUGCGCUACCUAUUGAUAGGCUCAUUGUUCUGUUACAUAACUGGUUCACCGUGGUCGAAUGUUACCGUGCUUUACAUAAUCCAAAUGGAUUGUUUCUAUGCUAUAGUGUUAAGUCGGUUGCACUAGUACAACUCUUUUCCCAUAUGCAUCACAUUUUUUUUCCUUGGAUCGUUCCGCGAGCACGUCCCACAUCCAUACACAUGUAUAUAAACGUACAGUUUUCCUCCUCCUAUUUCAAACAUUAGCUUUCUACUAUCUUGAAUGUGUAUGAAUAGCUAUUUACAUGAAACCCCAUUUUGCGCUACUUAAAAGAACAAAUGGUACAUGUAAGUAUCGUUAGUCCCAAAAGUUGAUGCUCAAUCUUUUCGUGCAACCAUGUUCCGAAAGCAAUGCGAGGCCGACCGAAAAAGGAAACUUGGUGGAAAAAGG